CUUGCGAGAUUCCAGAAAAGGAAACAAAAUAGCUGUGCAUGGGUCUCUGUGCGAAGUCAAAUGUUUAUAUAAAACAUAGAUAGCAGAAUAGGAACAGUGAAUAAAUUCCGAACACAUCCAAUAUAGAUCUAACAGUUUGGAGAAUCGGGCUACUAUUUCAAAUUGCUUCCGUAAGACUAAGGUAAGAAAAUAGCUAAUAACAUUGACGAAAUGUGCGCCCCGUCGCAAGGCGUGCUGCUCCCUUAUGGUCUGAAGAUUCCGUCGCCAUAUUUCCCGUUCGGACCUGGAGGCAGCUUGUCGCAGGUCCACCUCUCGGCCUUAGACUUUCAAAGGUCGCAACUUAACGAUUACAAUGUGCGAGUCCAGCUUGGAUUACGCAAUUACCAAAACACGAUGGGUUUAUCGCCGUUUCAGGCCUACAUCAACGACCCCUACACGCAGGCUUACUUCUACAAGCACGACCCAAGAGCCAGGUUUGUUCAUGAAGAACCUAAACCAAGUCACAGCUACAUUGGCCUCAUUGGCAUGGCCAUCUUGAACUCAAAGGAGAAGAAAUUGGUGCUAAGCGACAUUUAUCAGUGGAUACUGGAUAAUUAUCCGUAUUUUCGGACAAGGGGGCCCGGAUGGAGGAACAGUAUCAGGCAUAAUCUAUCUCUAAAUGAUUGCUUUAUCAAGGCCGGUCGAAGUGCUAAUGGUAAGGGCCACUACUGGGCUGUGCAUCCAGCAAAUGUGGACGACUUUGAACGAGGGGACUUCAGAAGGCGUCGGGCUCAAAGGAAAGUCCGUCGCCACAUGGGGCUAUCCGUUCCCGAUGACGACGACAGCCCCACACCGUCUCCAACGCAGCCGUGGCCUCAUCAUGACAUGGCUCCCGAACAUGACCGCGGACACCUCGAUACGUCCAUGACAUUGGGUGACCACACCAUGAGAGCGUUCCCCACAGAUCCAGCGUCGGAGCAUUUGAUCAUUUCCCAUCACGCGUCCAGUUACGGCCCCCUCCCCCUCCAUCCAAGAAAGCCCAGCAAGAAAAGGUUGUUUGAUGUGGCUAGCUUGCUGGCGCCCGAUGACGACGAUGAAGUGGUCACACCUAACACCCACAUGACAUACAGCGACCCACUAAAAGGCGCGUUCAUCUCAGGCUAUUCCUUGCCGCAAAUGUCCGACGAUUUGAAAUCGGACAGGAGGCCAUCCAGCGGUCACUCUAAAGACAGCAGUGGAACCAGUACGUUAAACGACCACGGGCGUGAGGUGACCAGUAGGUCCAGCUGUAGCGGUAAGGGUGACCUUUCCUACGAAAGUGAUGACGACAUCGACGACAAUGAGAUUCAUGUGACGUCAGGUGAGAACUCUCCUGCUCACGAGAUGGAUGACGACUGUGAUAUGGAUCAUUCCGGUAACUCUGACUUCUUGUCCCGGGACAUGAAACAUUUUCGUGGCCAGGACUCUAAGAACUACGAACCCAUCUCUCACAACCUUACCAACGGUGCUAAACUUGAUCGUGCUCUAGAUCUGACAUCUGCAGUGUCCACCGCGCUAAGCACUGAUGUCAAAGAUGUUACACCGGACAAAUCUGAAGUUAGCCAAAACGCUAUGUCUAAACAACCAACUCAAACCAGACAGGAUGAGGUCAAAACCAACUAUGACAAUUUCUUAAUUUCUAACGCUCUUUCGGACGCAGGUUUUAAAAUGGAGAAUAAGCUGAGCGUAGAUACAAGCCUGUCCAGAAGCAAUACUUCAAACGUAGACAUUAAGCUGCCCUUCGACAGCCAAUCGAACACGGACAAUGGUAAGCAUCAAAGUUCUCCAGUGAGUGUAUCUAACAACAUCAGUGACAAGGACAGUGAUGGACAUGGACAUGUAAGAGAGGAAAGACAUGGAAAUGCUGAUUUGAAAGAAGCGUCCACACACACACCCGAAAGUGUUCAAUACUUUCACGCAGAAAUGCAAGAGCUGAGACGCCAACGCCAUUUUGAGAUCGCUAACGGCCUUGUGGACUCGAACCGCAACCAGCUGGAGGUAAGGAGAGCUACGCCAGAAGUCACCAGCCCGAUUUCAGACCCUACACGAUUAUCAUCUGCCGAAACGAUUCGAUGGUCUGACCUGGGCAAAGCUGCUAUUCCCAGGGAUAGAGCGAGCGCUUUCAGCACACUGGGCAUCAGGGGACACCCUCUGUACACUCCAUUUCAAAUGAGGAACUUUGCAAUGCCCCACCACAGGCUCCUGCCCAUGGCGCUCCCUGUCAGAACUGGCAAUCCGGUGCUGGCGGGGCCCACGGUGUCUCCGUCUAUGCAGUUGCUGAAAGGGCUCGAAGCGUACACAAACGGCACUAUACCAACCAAUUCCAACACAAACUUGAGUAGCCGAACCACUAUAAGGGAGUAGAGCUCAGCGUCUGGACCUCAAAGCCAUGGCAACUCCUCGUGUGUUCCAGUUCAUCCAACACUUGGUCACAAGUUACCACUAACAAGAUGACUUCACAUGUACCGGACUUCUAAGGAAACCAAGUCCCAGGUGUACUCCUGGUGUCUACAUAGCAGACGUUUCCUUAACAUUCAGGUGAAGUCAAGAUCUAACAAAGUCUGUGUUCAUGUCUGUGUCUCCGUGAAGUCUGAGACAUAUGGGCUGUGGUCACUUUGCCCACCAAGAAAUCUGAGGCUAAAAUAAAGUAGCAAGACACCAUAGUUGACCCCAGGUCAAGCUCACUGCCCGACAAAACUUAACAAUGACCUCCAUUGGAUCGCUAGGAUUCUCUCAGAAUCAGAUCAUCAGUAAUUGAUUUAACUCAAUCCACAAACUGCUCCACAGAACUUUGCUAAAAUAUGCUUUUUAUUUUUAGGUGUAUUUUUUUAAAAUAAUUUAUUGAAAAGAUUAGGAAUGUCAGAAUUUUGUAUUUUUUUUAUAUUUAAAAUUAUAACGAAAAAAAAAACGAAUUUUUUUCUUGCAAAUGUCAAACAAAAGUGAUUUUUGUAAACUAUAUAAUUUGUUCUUUAAACAACUUCUACACAUAUUGAAGUCAGCAUCCAUCGAAUAUUACUACACAUUGUCAAUUACCCAUUGCUCUUCAAUACACAAUGUCAAUAGACGUCCACACUUCCAACAAGGCCGGUCCUAUCACGCCACUUUUCUAUCGUCUGAUAUUGUAAACUAUGUAAUGUUUUCUAUACUACCUUGAAGCGCUUUGGUCCUGCAGUUUGUACAAGUUUCCCCAUCUAUUUGCGUCCCAUUGCUGUAUAGGGUAAUGUAUUAUUUGAUAAGAAGUAUACUAUAGCUGUGUAAAGCUGUAAAGAAAAUUAAAUUUGGACUUACUGCUGACAUAAAUGUGAUUAUGUACUUACGCUACAAUAAAAAUACUCAACAGACACGGCAUAGAAAAACAUUUUUGUUAUAGCUCUAAAAUUAGUUUGAUGUCUUUUUUUUCCCAAGACCUAUCGAUCUUUGAUGAUGAAAAGUUUUGUGUUGUUUUUUUAAAAGUCGACUCAUUGAUUAGUCCAGUAUAUGCUUCUCAACAUAUGAUGGGAACAACUUACGAAAAUAAAUGAAAGAUACAACAACCUAAAUAGAAAUGAUCUAAUUAUUUCUGUGAGCACAACAUUGUACGACGCCAUUUUGAGUCAUCUGCAUGUCACUAGGUAUGGGCCUUUCUGGAUACAAUGUGUUGCCAUGGCCAUACCUGAACAAAAACAAAAAGUAACCACCUGCGCUAAAUAAAAAAGCUACAAGGGACCAAUCAGAUCAAAGCAAACAAAUAACUGUCUGAUUCCACGUGAUAAGCACGCGCCAUGAUCACGCAGACUUGGCUUCCAGGGCUUUCUCUGCAGUCGGAGAUAACUCUAGCAAACGGAUGGGCAGGAAUCUUAAAGAUAAACACAGAGACUGUUGCACUGUUUGAAUUUAGAAACAGUUCUCUUGAAAACAAUUCUCUUGGAAACAAUUCUCUUGGAAACAAUUCUGUUGGAAACAAUUCUGUUGGAAACAAUUCUCUUGGAAACAAUUCUCUUAGAAACAAUUUUCUUGGAAACAAUUCUCUUGGAAACUAUUCUCUUGGAAACAAUUCUCUUGGAAACAAUUCACUUGGAAACAAUUCUGUUGGAAACAAUUCUGCUGGAAACAAUUCUGCUGGAAACAAUUCUGCUGGAAACAAUUCUCUUGGAAACAAUUCUCUUAGAAACAAUUCUCUUGGAAACAAUUCUGUUGGAAACAAUUCUCUUGGAAACAAUUCUCUUAGAAACAAUUCUCUUAGAAACAAUUCUGCUGGAAACAAUUCUGCUGGAAACAAUUCUGCUGGAAACAAUUCUCUUGGAAACAAUUCUCUUAGAAACAAUUCUCUUGGAAACAAUUCUCUUAGAAAAAAAGAAAGUCACAAUAAAAGGAGAUUUAAAAAAACAAAUGCACGCGCGUGUGCGCGCACAUACACACACACACACACACACACUGGAAACUUGUUAAGUCCUGUUUCGUAAUACUGGUUGAGAUAUUUAAAAAAAAAAAAGCUUUAAUUGGAAUGAGCUGAACGAAAAAGAAUCAGGUCGAUUCCCCAGGAGAGAAGUCUUAUGUUUGUGAUGGGUUUCAUGAUUUCUAAGUGAUCUCUAAAUAUAGUGCAAUAGAACAUCGUGUGGGCAAAUAGACAGGAUUGCCACAACAAGUCGCCACGGCAAGGGGAUAAUUGCCUUCAUUAGUUGUUAGCCUUAGCAGAGAGUGAUUCGAAUGACUUGGAUCUUAAGAAAGAAGAACAUGAAAAAAAUCUAUUCCCGACGCAAAGGAGGUUUUGUUGAAACAAAUAUAUUUUUGAUGAAAGACUAAAUUGGAGCCAAGUUUAUUCUAGGAACUGGCCUUUCUGGGAUAAACAGAAGAAGGCGUCAAAACUGUGGGGGUGUGGACAUGGGGGGUUACUUCCAAAGUGUUGAAAGGUUUUGUUUGGCAGAGUAAUGAUCGAUUCCGUAAAGCUUUGAUUUGUUGACACUUUGUUGAGAUCAAUGACAUUGUGAUCGAUCGAUCUAGUCGUUGGUCACUUGGCUUACGCUGUUAAAGAAAUCGAUCCUAAAUCUAAUUGAAGAAAUCAUUCUAUCUGGAAGACAAGUCUCUUAACACAAUUUGUUUUGUACAUUUGAUCUCAUUCAAUUUUGAUUAAGGCAACAGUUUAACAUUAGGAACAGUUUAACUUAAGUAACAGUUUAACUGACUGCCGUCACUGUCCAAUCUAAUCUGGAUUUGUAUAGGCCUACAUGUAUAACUACUUGAAAACUCAUCUAGACUUUGUCCUUUUGUUUCAAACUAGAAAUGAGGUUUCUUUAAAAAUGAGAAUAUUAACUUUUAUUCACCUUUGUUGUUGGAUUUAAUUACAAUUAGUUUUAUAUAAAACAAAGUUGAUCCUGCAAUAGAGCGUAUUGCUUUUCAAACUUACCAUCUUUUUAGGAAAAAUAAGCAUCUUUAAAAUGCCCGAACGCUUAAUUAUUAGAAAUAGUAGUAUUUUCUGUAUUCACUAACAUUAUUACAGACAACUAAAACAUUUUUUUGUUUUGCAGUAUAUUUCUGUUUUUGACAUUUUAAAUAACAAUUACUUUCACAGUUUACCAAGGUAUUAGUUGCGGGAAAUUGACAAGGGGAGAUGAUUAAUUUUUUUACUCAAAGACCGACUCUCUCCCCUGGACCAAUUCAGUUUUGACAUUAAUUCCAUGCCAGUUUCAAUCUGGCAAGUUUCACGGCUUGAUACAAUCUAUUCUCCUCUAAGCGGAUUCAAUCAAUUAAACUUUUUCAAUCGAAAUUUUAAUUGUACAAAAGUCUAGUAUCCGUGGUAACAGCAUCUGUACUUAAACAAGGACCACUCUUUGGCCAAUGGGAUUGGAGACAGUUGGAUCAGAUUUCUCUAACAUUCUGGUCAAAAUUUAUUAUUAAAAUUAUUUUUAAGUGCAAGCCUAAUUCACAUCUAAUCUAAAUUAUCUUCUAAUAUGUAGAAGAGAGUUCGAUUGUACUAAAUCUGGAUGAUAUAUCAGGUAUAUGUAUUAAAGUGGAUUGACCUAUUUAAACUAGGAACUCUGUAACUGAAAAAAGUUUUCACUUGCACAUUGAUAAAAAGAAUAUAUUAUAUUUAUCUCGCAUUUAUUUCAAUAAAAACAAUUUUUUAUUAGCACAUUAGGAGUGCUAAAUUGGAUGAAAGAAUACUGUUCUUUACUGCAUGUAGAUUGAAACGCAAAGUUUAGAGAAAUGAAAGGUGGACAAAGAUACAAACUGCCUUGUAGUUUGUAAACAAAAAUUUAGUGUGUUAACAACAAGUCUGUUGGUAUUGUUAGAUAUUCUUAUAUCCACAACUUUUUUAAGUACUAUUUUAAAAGUACAGCAACUAUUUUAAAAACAGACUUGAAAGCAAGCAUAUUUUAUACCCCCCCCCCUUUUUUUUUUUAGAAUUCCUUCACUGAGAGGGAACUGUUAUUUAUUCAAGUAUCUUGUAGGAUAGAAUGUGAACAUUUUUUGAAGUUAAAACGUUGUCAAUGUCAAGUCCAAAUGUUUCAUUAUAAGAUAACUGCAUUAAAGAGCUACUAUGUCUCAAGCGGUAACAACUCCAUAUUAGUGACGCAAUCCUAAUCCCUAGGACAAGCUGAUCUUGUUUCCAGGUCCAUUGAAUAUAUUAUUGAUCAGUUUGCAGUGUUAUUAAUUAUGAACACGUAUUCAGAAACUCAUUGACGCAAUAACAAUUUACAUUUGAAUGCAUGUCCUAAUGUUUCUGGUGUUAUGUAUUACAAAGGAAUAAAAGGCUACUAAUUAUGUCUCCGAAGAUGUAAAUUAUUUUAGUACCAGAAUAGUAACAGGGCAACAUUACCGUUAAUCGUCACUUCCUGUUUCAACGAAUUCCUCGCUGAAUUUCAUGUUUUCCCUCACUGUUAUUAGAUUUAAAUAUUUGUUUCCCCUCUCCUACGUCACUGGCGCAAUGUUGUAUCUCGAAUUGCUAAAAACAAAUAAUAUUUUUAAAUGUUUAUUUUUUUAUUAACCUGUCUCUGAUCUGAUGUUAAUGUCAGAUGAUGUUCCUGAAUUGAUUAUUGUAUAUGUGAAAUGAUAAAUUAUGUAUGUCAUCAUUAACUGUCAGUAGCCUAUCAACGCUCGGGUCGCCUCACAAUGCUCUUGUACUAUAUAUGUAUCUGUGUGUGUAGAUAUUUGGUCCAUUUGAUUAUGUCUUUUAAAACCACGCCAAAUUUAGAAUUAAAAUAACUUAAUUAAUUAAUUUUUGCUAUUUGUACAUAAUGAUUUGGAAGCAACACAGGCUUUCUGAAACAAACACUCCAUUUUAUGUCAAAUGUCUCAUUCGAAAGUGAAAAAUUUCAUAGGAAUGUGAAUGUCAUUUGGAUUUCUCAUGAAAUGAUUCAUAUUCUGUUGUAUAUUGUGUCUUAUUUUACUUGAACCAUGGCUGUGCAUAUAAUUAACAUAGUUAGAUUAGAAUCGAUGUUUUGUUUUUUUUGUUUUCACAUAAUUUUAAUGUGAUCACGUGACGAGAGUCCAAUAAAAAAAUACAAUCAUUUGUGCAGACAUUGCCCUCCAAUGAAAACGCUGAAAUACUUUUGUUCUUUGACUCAAACUUCUAGGUGAUAAUAUUGAAACUGAAACCAUUUCUGUGCAUGCAAGAAGAUGUGAGAAUGAAGAAAGUAUGUUUCAAUAAAAUUGUAAUAAUAACAAAAAGUCUAUUUAAAAAAAAAAUAUCAGAGCCUAGGUAAACUCUAAUGUUCUCCCAGUGGAUUAGUGUAGCGUGGUGUUGUGUUUUGUGUCGACCAAAUAGAUUCAAAUAUACACAAUUUUAAUGGA